CAGCAUCUCUCCCAUUCAGGGACUCUAGCAAACCUCAUCUGUGCGACUUCUGCGCUUUCUCACGGCAUAUGUUGCUCUUCCGCAGACGAUAGCAGCGAGGCGACGAAUCUGACGGACGGAGCGUCUUUAAUCCGAGCCGCCGCUUCUCGAGCCGGCAGCUCAAAGCAGACUUCGUAUCCGCCACACCCACAAUCAGUCCUCGCGCUUGGCGAACAACUGUGCAAACUGUGCAACAUGUCACUCCAGAACGUUUGGCAUCAUCGGAAGGUCGCCGAAGGCUCAGGCAAGGCUUGCUGGAUCUGCUACAAGCCAUCGACAAGCGUCCUGAUCACGCCAGACAAGAAGGACUUCUUCUAUAUAUGUGUUGGUCAUCUAUCGGACAGGGGAUUCUGUCAGCCCGAUGCUGAUGAGGCGGCGGCGGCAGCUACCCGCAAGAAGAAAGAAGAGCUCGAUCGCGAGAUCGAGUUGGUCAAGAAAGAGUACGAGGAGAAGCAAAAGUUGAAGCGCGAAAAGCGCAAAGCUAAGGAGAAGGAGAAGGGUAAAGGGAAGGAUAAAGACGCAAAGAAGACGGAGGAUGAGGAAGACAAGGAGGACGAGAAGUCGAAGGACGACAAGAUAAAGGAGCUCUCCAAGUCGAAAGACCAGGCCGAAGUCGAUCUGGGGCCCCGCAUCUUCACGUUGAACAAGAACUUCUACCAGAUGCGAGUCGACAGGAUACGCAAUGCCGAGAUCGCGAAGAGGAACCGCGAAAGACUAAACAACCCCGCGAAUUUCCCGUCUCCACCCAGCGGCAUUCCUUGACGCACCACGUGCGCUUCAAAUUCAAGAUAUCAUUGGAUUGACACACAUACUUUUCAAUCUUGACUCGGUUGUUCUCUCAAUUAGCCAUUUUCGAGCGGGGGAGUGCGGUCUUGGCAUUUUCGCGCUUGCUCACAAUUUGCCUAGACCGGCCAGUAGUGAUCGGAUUACCAGCGUCAGCCUUAAAGGGCGCUCUACAGAUGCAGACUGCGGUCAGCAAUUAGCUGCCGGUCAACCACGUUUGCCGGAAUCUCACAGGAUAAUACGGCCGGAGUUGGUCCGUUCUAGAGAUAGCUUUGUGGCAGCACUUGCAGCCGCUUCUGUAUUGUUGGAUGCCCGCUGACCACAUUCUUUGGAAGCACGUUUGGCCCUCCGCAUUUCGCGAAGCGUGUAGCCGUGCGUUGGCUUCGAAGAUCAACUAUCAGCUCCACUUAGUCCUCCUAGCGAACCUAGUUGCAAUCAUUAUCUCUAGCGUUGUCAUCUUGC